CGGCCAACUUCUCCGUUGUAAAUUGGACGGUGGAUUUGCCCAUCUUUUUCCCGGCAGUCGUCUUUAAUUCUCUCCACCACCCAACGGAAACGGCUAAAUGAUUAAACUACACGUUUUUAUUCUUAUAAUUCCACCUCCCCUUCUAUGCUUCCUGCUCAUCACUUUACCCUUGCACGUAAUUUCACAAAAUGUGGAUGCUGAACGAUCGAUUCUAUUGCACCUUAAACAACAAUUGGGCAAUCCACCCUCCAUCCAGUCGUGGGACUCAUCAUACUCACCUUGUGAUUGGCCGGAAAUUACAUGCACCCAUAAUACUGUCACCAAAAUUUUACUCAACGGCAAGAGCAUCACUCACAAAAUUCCGGCCAGAAUUUGUGACCUCAAGAACCUUACCGUACUUGACGUCUCCAACAAUUACAUUCCCGGCGAGUUCCCGGAUAUUCUCAAUUGUUCUAAGCUCGAAUAUCUGCUCUUGUUGCAAAACUACUUCGUGGGUCCAAUUCCAGUUGAUAUUGAUCGGCUUUCACGUCUCCGGUAUCUAGACCUUACCGCAAACAACUUCUCUGGAGAUAUUCCCCCAGCAAUUGGGCGGCUACGAGAGCUGUUCUACUUGUUUCUGGUUCAAAAUGAGUUCAACGGCACCUGGCCAACGGAGAUUGGUAAUUUGGAGAAUCUUGAACAAUUGGCCAUGGCCUAUAAUGACAAAUUCCGGCCUUCAGCCCUUCCAAAAGAGUUUGGCGCAUUGAAGAAGCUGAAAUAUCUGUGGAUGACGGAGGCGAAUUUGAUUGGCGAAAUACCGGAGAGCUUCAACAAUCUAUCGAGUCUGGAACUCUUGGACCUCUCAGUCAACAAAUUGGAAGGUACGAUCCCGGGAGGCAUGCUUACGUUGAAGAAUUUGAACUAUUUGCAUUUAUUCAUUAAUAGAUUGUCCGGCCACAUUCCUUCAUCCAUAGAAGCUCUCAACUUGAAAGAAAUUGAUCUUUCCGACAACCAGUUGACGGGGUCCAUACCAGCGGGUUUCGGGAAGCUACAAAAUUUGACGGGUUUGAAUCUUUUCUGGAAUCAGUUGUCAGGAGAGAUACCAGCAAAUAUAAGCCUCAUUCCUACACUGGAAACCUUCAAAGUUUUUAGCAAUCAAUUGAGUGGAGUUUUACCUCCAGCAUUUGGCCUUCAUUCGGAGCUCAAACUCUUUGAGGUUUCCGAGAAUAAACUAAGCGGGGAAUUACCUCAACAUUUAUGCGCUAGGGGGGCUUUGCUUGGAGUGGUCGCUUCCAACAACAAUCUCAGCGGGGAAGUGCCCACGUCCCUCGGGAAUUGCACAAGUUUGCUCACCAUUCAGCUUUCCAACAAUCGUUUUUCAGGCGGGAUUCCUUCCGGCAUCUGGACAUCCCUGGACAUGGUAUCGGUGAUGUUAGAUGGAAAUUCAUUCUCAGGGACACUUCCAAGUAAAUUGGCAAGGAAUUUGUCUAGAGUGGAGAUCGCUAACAACAAGUUUUAUGGUCCAAUUCCUGCUGAAAUCUCUUCCUGGAUGAACAUCUCUGUGCUCAAUGCCACCAAUAACAAUUUUUCUGGUCCAAUUCCUGCCGGGAUAUCUUCUUUGGUGAAUCUAGUUGGGUUAUAUUUGAGCAAGAAUAGGUUUUAUGGUCCAAUUCCUGCCGGGAUAUUUUCUUUGGUGAAUCUAACUAAUUUAGAUGUGAGCAAUAACAGGUUUUCUGGUCCAAUUCCUGCCGGGAUAUCUUCUUUGGUGAAUCUAGUUCAGUUAGAUGUGAGCAAUAACAUGUUGUCUGGUUCAAUACCUGCUGGAAUAUCAUCUUUGUUGCUUCUAUCGGUGUUCAAGGCAAGCAAUAAUCUAUUUUCAGGAGAAAUUCCAGUGGAAUUGACUAGUCUUCCAUCCAUAUAUAUUCUGUGGCUUGAUGGGAAUCAAUUGUCAGGCCAACUUCCUCAUGAUAUAGUCUCCUGGAAGUCACUAUUUGCUUUGGAUUUGUCAACAAAUCAUCUCUCUGGCCCAAUUCCAAAGGCCAUUGGAUCUUUACAUAGCCUCGUGUUUCUUGACCUAUCUGAAAACCAAUUCUCAGGUGAAAUCCCCCAUGAAUUCAGUCAUUUCGUGCCUAACACCUUUAACCUUUCAUCCAACAAUCUAUCUGGGGAAAUCCCACCCGCCUUUGAAAAGUGGGAAUAUGAAAACAGUUUCUUGAACAAUUCCAAUCUGUGUGCCAAUAUUGAAAUUCUGAAGAGUUGCUACUCUAAAGCUAGUAACUCUAAAUUGUCAACCAAUUACCUAGUCAUGAUUAUAUCUUUCACCCUAACUGCUUCACUGGUUAUUGUAUUUCUUAUCUUUUCCAUGGUUCAAAAGUAUCAAAGGUGGGACCAAGGGAGCAAUGUUGAAACAUGGAAGAUGACAUCCUUCCAAAAGUUUGAUUUCACUGAAUCCAACAUAUUGUCGAGUUUGGCACAAAAUAGUUUAAUUGGAAGUGGGGGGUCAGGGAAGGUAUAUCGUACCAUCAUUAACCAUUCUGGUGAAGUGGUCGCUGUUAAAUGGAUUUCGAAUAAUAGGCAACUAGGCCAGAACCUCGAGAAGCAAUUCGUAGCAGAAGUCCAAAUAUUAGGUAUGAUACGCCAUGCCAAUAUAGUGAAGUUGCUAUGCUGCAUUUCGAGUGAAAGCUCAAAGAUUCUUGUUUAUGAGUACAUGGAGAACCAAAGCUUAGAUAGAUGGCUUCAUGGUAAGAAGAGGGCAGUGUCCUCAGUGGAUUCAGCAAGUGAUAUUAUCUUGGACUGGCCGAUGAGGUUGCAAAUUGCCAUUGGAGCUGCUCGAGGCCUAUGCUAUAUGCACCAUGAUUUCUCUCCCCCAAUCAUUCAUCGAGAUGUGAAGUCCAGCAACAUCUUAUUGGAUUCUGAAUUUAAUACAAAAAUUGCAGAUUUUGGAUUGGCCAAAAUGUUAGCAAAGCAAGCAGAAGACCCUGAAACAAUGUCUGUGGUUGUAGGCACUUUCGGAUAUAUUGCCCCAGAGUAUGCUUAUACAAGAAAGGCGAAUAAGAAGAUCGACGUCUACAGUUUUGGAGUUGUGCUUCUAGAGUUGGCCACUGGAAGAGAAGCCAAUAGGGGGAACGAGCAUAUGAACCUUGCUCAAUGGGCAUGGCAGCACUUUGGAGAGGGAAAAUCCAUUGUCGAAGCACUGGAUGAGGAGAUCAUGGAAGAAUGCUUCAUGGAAGAAAUGAUCACUGUGUUCAAACUAGGCCUCAUGUGUACUAGCAAAGCACCUUCUGACAGGCCUUCCAUGAGGGAGGUAUUGCUAAUUCUUGAUCGACGUGGUCCUCAGCAAGGUCAUGCUACAUAAAAAACGAACCCAUCACUUUUCAUGAAGUUAAAUGUAGUUAUUUAGAAGGUGUGCGUUGCAGAACUGAAGAUACCAAGUAAUCAACUCUACCUCUCUUGAUAUUG